UUCAAACGAAAGGUGAUGAACAGCGUAAUGGUUUACAGUAUAUGUAUCUACAGAGUAGUUUAUCGAUGAUUCACAACGUGAAGAAAUUGAAAUUCGUACAACGCUGGACUAUUUCAUAGACACGUUAUAAGCCUUUUUUAGUUGGCUCAGGAUUUAUUUAUUAACAAAAGAAAAGCAAAUAUUUCUGCAUUAUCGACAUUUUACGUUUUCCGACACAGUGUCUUAUGCUAGAUAGCAUAUUCUUAUUCUAAAUUUUAAUUUGAGGCUCUGUUUGCUUUUAAGAAAACAACAAAAAUGGCUGCAAUUUUACGCGUUAAACGUAGACACAACGAUGAACCGUUAAAUGCUUUGGUGAUCGCAUGUAAACGAUGUAAAACUACCGAAAAUGAUGAGACUGAAAAUGCGACUGAUUUAACAUCAGUAACUGCGGUUGUGAAAUUCGCUGGAACAAUAACGAAUCAGGACGAAGAUGUGAUUGAACAUUUAGUAAAAACAGUAGGUAAAAAUGAAUUAAAAGCAAAUUAUAAGCAACAUGUUGUGGAUGUUAAGAAUGUAAUACGCGAAAGGAUUAAACAAAAAUCUAUCGAGAAUAGAUACAAAGUCGUUAAUUGUUGUCGUUCUUUGGAUACAUUAAAUACUAAUGAAUUAGAAGAUACUAUGACUGUAAUAGAUGUUGAAGAUUCUUUUUCGUGUUCAACUGCAAAAAAUCUAGAUUCUGAAACGUUAGAAAAUUUUGUAUAUGACUUGUAUUAUACUCAAACGGGUAGUGAUAUGAUAAUAGAUGAUAUUGUAUCUAUUCAUGGUCUUGAACAAGAAUUUGUAUUUGAUAUGAAUAGAGACGAAGAUGGUUCCAGUAAUGGAUAUGAAACUGAAGAUUCCAAUUCAGAAUCUCACUGGUGGAAUGAUUAUCCGGAUACUGAACAUUCAGAUUUAUCUGUAGAUGAAGACGAAAUGAGAAGAGCUGUCAUGAAAAUUAACCUAGAUGAUGAGGAAUCAUCAGAUCUUUCAAGCGAAGAUGAUUUUGUAUGUGCUAUAAAUAAGGAAGAUGUGGAACAAUAUGGUUAUAAAUAUGCACGGUAUAAAGCACAAAUAAAACAAGAAUUGAGUGGUGCUGAAAGUGAUUCAAGUGAUGGUGUUUUUUGCAUAAUAUGACGAUGACCAUGAUAUUAUAUCCUUAGAAAAAUUAUCAUGGUAAAGAUGUGGAAUAAUUAUAAUUGUGUAAAAGGCUCUCGAUGAAUAUAUCAUUAGGUUUGUAUUUGCGGCAGAUAGUUUUUAAAAUGUAUGUCUUAUGAAUAUGAUUGCAUUUUAUAAAUAUACAUGGAUUAAAAAAUUAUCUUCAUUUAUACUUUAUCUAUAUUAGUGUGACAAGUGUGAUAAGUGUAAUAGUAGUUGUGACAGUA